CCGAGAUGGUGUCGCUGCUGCCGCGCAUCGAGCGGCUUUCGUCGCGGGUGGUGCGGGUGCUGGGCUGCAACCCGGGGCCCAUGACUCUGCAGGGCACCAACACCUACCUGGUGGGCACCGGGCCCAGAAGAGUCCUUAUUGACACUGGGGAGCCAGCUAUUCCUGAAUAUAUUGGCUGUUUAAAGCAGGCACUGUCAGAGUUCAACAUCUCAAUUCAAGAAAUUUUAGUGACACACUGGCAUCGUGAUCAUACUGGUGGAAUACCUGAUAUCUGCAAAAACAUCCCUAAUGACUCUGAAUAUCGCAUCAGUAAGCUUCCUCGUGUCCCUCACCAUGAAGAAAUAAUAGAAGGAGGACAUAAAUACUUUUAUCUUAAAGAGGGAGAUGUGAUACAGACAGAGGGAGCCACACUCAGAGUUUUAUAUACGCCUGGACACACUGAUGAUCAUAUGGUUUUACAUCUAGAAGAAGAAAAUGCUGUAUUUUCCGGUGACUGUAUUUUAGGGGAAGGGACAACGGUAAUUGAAGACCUGUAUGAUUACAUGAAAACUUUGAAAAGGUUGUUAGAAAUGAAACUAGAUUUAAUAUAUCCAGGUCAUGGCCCAGUGGUACGUGAUGCAAAUGCUAGAAUCCAAGGCUACAUUUCUCAUCGAAUGGCACGUGAACAGCAAAUUCUAAAUGUUUUCCAGAAGAAUGCUGGAAAAUCAUAUACAUCCUCGGAGCUUGUAAAGAUAGUAUACAAGGAGAUUCCUGAAAAUUUACUUCUAGCAGCAGAACAUAACCUCAUAGUCCACUUGAAGAAGUUGGAAAAAGAAGGAAAAGUGUUACAUGAGGUGUCUCCCAACUUCAGAUGGAGAAACAAUUUAUAAGCUAUGCAAGAUUACUCAAGAGUAUUUUUAAUCUGCACAGUUGCUGCAUGAAAAAAUAUGAUGACCUCAGAUGAUACAUAAAAUAAAAACUAAUUCUUACUUUUUUUUUUAAAAAAAAGGCAGUAACACAAUUUUAAGGCAAUGUUACAGUCAGUUAAAUAAUGUUUUUCAUACUCUACUUUAUGGGAAUUUUAAAAACAACCUGAUAGGUACUGAGUUAAUAAAAUGGAAUGAAUGUGAAGAACUGAAUGUUACCUCUGCUAUAAAAUGCCCAGCUUUAUCAUCAGUGGCAGAAGACAAAUAGCAAGGUCUGAUAAACUUAAUAUUACAAUAUUAUAAAGCAAUAUUAUAAACUUAAUAAAUGAGCUAUAUAAAAAAACUCUAGUAAAAAGAAUAGAUGUUAUUCUAAACCUGUUUUCAUUUGCUUGUGCUUUUAAAAAAGUGAUUUUCUAGUAAGUUAUCUUUUGUUAACAAGUUAUUUUUGUUAACAGAUGUAAAUAUUGGGGUUUAUAGUCCUUUUUUAAUUUAGCUGCCUGUGCACAUCUUGCCUGUGCACAUAUGGUUGGACUUGAUGAUCUUAAAGGUCUUUUCCAACCUAAAUGAUUCUACAAUUUUAUCAUUCUAUCUUUGCUGGUUGCUUGUUGCAAUAGGUUUUAACAAACGCUGAAAGUAAUUCCAGACUUCUCUGUUUUCUGGUGGAAACACCAUUUCUAAGGAAUUCAUUCAAAGGAUUCAUAAAUUUUAACUAAUCAAUGUCAAAAAAUGCACGGAGUUGGAGCAGACUCUUAAAUUCUUUAUCUUCUAAGAUUCUGCAAGAAUGUGAUUUAAAAGCUGUGUAAAUUGAGAUAUGUAUUGUAUACCAUAUGAAGUUAAGUUUGUCACUUUAUAACUAACAAGCUUCAAGUUUUGCUGUUAAAUCGAUUUAAACUACAGAUAUUUUAACUAAAGGUUGUAUUUGGUUGUAAGAUACUGUGUAGUGUAUUAAAAUACAAUGUUUGAGGAUUAAACUGCAAGUUUAAACUUUCAGAAUAGUGUAUAAAUAUUUGCAUUAGUUUGUGUAUUCAAAGCGUGUGAAGUUUUUGACAGAUACACUUCUUUUAAUGCUGGCUUAACCUUGAAAAAAAAAAUCAGAUAUGAGAUGUUUGAAAGUACCAAAGACAAAUAUAUGUCCUUGAAAAUCCUUGGAAACCUUUCAGCAUUCAGUUCUAUACCUUCAUUUGUGAAACAUGCAUAUGUUUGGGUAUUUAAGGCAUAUUUUAAUAAUUACCAUUAUUUUAUGAAGUUGAUGGCAUUUGUUCUCAUCAGCUGAGCCAAAUCCAGUACAAAAAUACUCCCAGGAACAGCAAUCCAGAACUGAAAUCAUAUUCUAAAGUAGUAACCAGACCCCCGAAGAGGGGAAAUAAUAACUUCCUGCUCUAUAAAAUCAGAAAAUGAGCUCUAUAAAAUUUGCAAACUUCACUGAUCUUGGGUUUUGGCCUCAUCAUGACUCUUGGUAACUUAAAACUUUCUGUGCAGUGCCAUUUUGGGGUCUUUUUCAGGUCUCCUAGUUUUUCUUCCUUUUAUAUUUUCUGUUUACUUGCACUUUCCAUUUCAGCCACUUUUUUUCCCCUCCUCCCACAAACCAUAUUUUUUCAAUUCCUUUUGGAUUCUUUGUCUCUUCAUAAUUACUCAGAAGCUUUUACAUGGACUUCUUGUCAUUAGUAAUUACUGUUUUCCUGUAGCUAUUUCAUGAAUUUAUAGUUACCUUUUCCAUUGUUAGAAAUAAAAAGGUAAUUACCGCUGUUUUCUUUUUAAAAAAAUUAAUUCACAAUUCACAUGCUCCGAAUGAUGUCAUUUUGCUUCAGGAAAACAGAAGGAUCAAUGAAAUGGCACAGUUUUCUGUCAUGAGGUCUGAGAACCUAAGCCAGCAGGAAACUGGUAUGAAGAGGUCAUGUCUUAUUACCUUUCUGAGCUUAAGAAGAACUCUACUGGCAGGCAAAAUGUCAGUGAACCAUAUUAUUCCAGUUUAUUAUACUUCAUUUUUAAAUACAUGGAAAUGGCUUUAGAAUUCAGUUAAAGUAUGGUUGGAACUUGCAGGCAGUGAAGAAAGCGAGAGGAUACAAAUCGGAGAAUUCCGUGUUCUGUGCUGUGCUGCAGCAAACGCCUGACAUUCUCAAAGAAUGAGGGAAAUUGCAGCUUAACCAGACU